CAAAUCCAGGCAGUCCCAACCUGACCUCCGAGCACCACGGAACCCUGACUGGGAAAAACCGGGAGAGAGAGAAAUCACUUUAAAAAAAAAAGAAACAACAAAAACUUUGUGUCAUUAUUUUUGGCGAGUGUUCACACUGUAGCCCCCCCUCCCCUCUCCCCUCCUCCCUACCCCACCACCACUACUUUAUUUCCACUUCCACACCGGGUUGGUCGCAUCAGUUGGACUAUAUCUUUUUUCCUGGAGGAGAGGAGAGGCAUUCACGGGCACAAGGAAAAAGCUGGUGCACCCCUAUACCACCAGCUGCACUGAACCUCUCGUCCCACCACAUGCUGUAGCUUUUUCUUCUUCGUUUUCCCUUUCUUCCAGUUGCCUUUGCACUGUGUGGAGGAGCUGGUCUGAGUCUCUGGGGUCGUGCUGCUGCUGCUGCUGUUGGUGGUGGUGGUGUGUUGUCCUCUCUAAGAGCCCCGUUUGGAUGCGCUGAGAGAGCGGGGCGCAGCGCUGCAGUACAGUAUAUGGAAGUUGUGGGCUGCAAAACAGAGGCAGGCAGUUGCAAGUUGCGUCCAGGACCGGGAGCCAUGCUUUUCCACGGGAUCUCCGGGGAUCACAUCCAAGGGAUCAUGGAGGAGAUGGAGAGGAGGUCGAAAACGGAGUCGCGCCUGGCGAAGGGCAUGCAGCUGAACGGGAGAGAGUCGACCAUGCCUUCCAUGAGCCCGGAGAAGCCUGCUCUGUGCGCCGGCUGCGGGGGAAAGAUUUCGGACAGAUACUACCUCCUGGCCGUGGACAAACAGUGGCACCUGCGGUGUCUCAAAUGCUGUGAAUGUAAACUCGCGUUGGAGUCGGAGCUAACGUGUUUUGCCAAGGAUGGGAGUAUCUAUUGCAAGGAGGAUUACUACAGAAGGUUCUCCGUGCAGAGGUGCGCACGCUGCCACCUCGGGAUAUCGGCCUCGGAGAUGGUGAUGCGCGCCCGAGACUCCGUGUACCACCUGAGCUGCUUCACUUGCACCACUUGCAACAAAACCCUGACCACGGGAGACCACUUCGGCAUGAAGGACAGCCUGGUGUACUGCCGGCUCCACUUCGAGACGCUGGUACAGGGACCGGACUACCACCCCCAGCUCAAUUUCGCCGAGCUGGCAGCCAAGGGAGGCGGCCUCACCCUGCCCUACUUCAACGGGACCGGGACAGCACAGAAGGGGAGGCCGAGGAAGAGGAAGAGCCCGGCCAUGGGGAUAGAUAUACCGAGCUACACAGGCUGUAACGAGAACGACACGGAUCACUUGGACCGGGACCAGCAGUCCUACCCUCCAGCGCAGAAGACCAAACGCAUGCGGACCUCCUUCAAGCACCAUCAGCUGCGGACAAUGAAAUCCUACUUUGCCAUCAACCACAACCCAGAUGCCAAGGACUUAAAGCAGCUGGCCCAGAAAACAGGCCUGACAAAGAGAGUUCUACAGGUUUGGUUCCAAAACGCAAGAGCCAAAUUCAGAAGGAACGUUUUGCGACAGGAGAAUGGAGGUGUUGAUAAGGCUGAUGGCACCUCACUCCCUGCACCCUCAUCUGACAGUGGGGCCCUGACCCCCCCCUCCAGCGCGGCCACACUAACAGACCUGACAAACCCCUCUAUCACUGUAGUGACCUCCGUCACAUCUAGUUUGGACAGCCAUGAUUCGGGGAGCCCUUCACAAACUACCUUGACAAACCUUUUCUAACACGCUGUCUCUAGCAGACUGAUUUUUUUUAUCUGAUUUGUUUGUUUUGUUUUUUUUUUCUUUUUUCUUUUUUUUUUUUGUCGAUCUACAUUUUAUUUUUUUAAGUGACACCUUUAAAUCUACCAGAGACAGCUCCUUGGAACAGAAAGUGCUGUACUGUGUACACAAACAAGAACAACAAGAGCAAGAACAGCAGCGACCACAUUAAAACACAUGGAAAUCAUUUUAAUGUGUAGCAUCUGAAACCACAUGGCAGCCGUGUCUGUAGUUGAGUUACAGUUUGCAGAGAUUGAUUUUGAACGGGACAUUUCUGAAGUCAAACGGAUUCCACAACCAAUUUACCAGAAAAAAAAUAUAACUUAACUUGAAGCUUGUCUGGAAAACUAGAUUUAAUAUUUGAUUUGACUUGAUUUGUACAUUUGUAUUGAAUUAUGAUGAAAAACAAGCCCUUUCUAAUUUAUGGAUAAUUGGUAAAUUUAAAAUUACACAAAUAUUUUGCCCUCAGAAUCCUGUAUGUGUAUGCACUGUGUUCGCACUAUCCAACUUAACGAUUUAUAUAUUUAUGUUUCUGUUUUGGAAUAAUUUGGGAAUAAACUUGUAGAAUGUUCUGUACAUGGGUAACUCCAGAAAACAGGCUUUAAUUAUUUCUGAAUGUUUCAGUCUGAGUUGGAUGGAAUCAGGCAUUCAAAUAUCUCAUGAAAGCGUCUAAAUUGCAUUAUGAGCAUCGAACCAUUGCAGCUUUCAUGGCAGGUAGAUGCUAACAACAUACGUUUAUGUCUUGAUUAAUAAAUCUACUGUGAUUAAGAGGAAAAUAUUCUGUACAGUGGUAACUGUUCAACAUAUAAUGCAGUCAUAUUGAUGGAAUCUGAAAAUCAUAAAUCGGCCAGAUUGGAAAUUGGUUACUGGACACUGUUGUCAUGGAUUUUUUUUUCAUGACAGAGCACUUUUUCAGAUUUGUUGGCCUCAUAGAUUAACCAUAGUCUAAUGGAUGAAUCCUAGCAAACAUAUCCAUAGAUCCACAGCUAAACUCAAUUGCACAGUGACAAUAUACUGCCCAGUGAAAAGUGCAUUAUUGUUUUUAUCAUGUUGCUCAGGGUAACAAUGUGAUUUUAAAAGGGAAAGGAGUCGAGGUUAGACGUUAAACGGUUGCGACGCUGCAGAUUAGAUUUGUAGAGCUGACAUGAACAUUCAAAUGACCUCAGAAAGGUGGAGUCGUACAGUGAGAGGCAGCCAGUGGGAAAUCAUCGUCCAUGUGUUCUCCUUUUUGGCCAUAUUUAUACUUUCUUUAAAGACACUUGCCACUGAACAGACCAAAAACAUGUUUCUUCUGGCUGAAAGAUAGAGAGAAAAGAAAGAAAUCUUCAACAUUUCAUUGUGAGCGUCACAAUUUGUUCUAUUGUAGAACAAAGUGGUUCUCUAAAUCUACUUAUUGAAGUAGAUGCCUAACUCAGUUCUACUAUGUGCCUUAUGCUAUAACUUGGGAGAAAGUUUGUGAAAUUCAGGAUCUAUGUGUUCUUUGUUAACUGAUUCACAUCCUUUUGACGCCUCACUAGUUUUGUACUGUUUUGCAUCUUAUUUCCGAAGAUCUUUUUAUGGUGUAUCCUGUUAAAAAGGGGGCAGCGAUGUCAUAGAAAGCAUUUGUGCACUCUUUCAGAUAUAGUUGGGUAAUCCAAGAACCUUAUAUAUUGAUCUUCGUGUUAAUAGUUGAGUACAGUAAGUGUUCUAUCAAGAUUGUCCAUGUUUCCCUGUUUCUUGAUAAAGAUGGUGUAUAGAAACUAUUUCCCCUUAAAUAUUUAUGGACCAAACGGUUGUUAUAUAUCUUAUUAAAUUUGUGUGAAUAAAAAUACUUUGCUUUAAA